GCAGGGUUAGUUUCAGUUUCAGUUUCAGAAAUUCAAGAAUUGAAUUUGACUUAUAGGCUAGGUAGGACUGAGAAAAUGUAGCUCUAUAGUAAAGUAGGCUAUAAUUUGAAGGCAAAGUAAAGAAAGAAUGAAAGUACUUUUACAAAUUGGCGCCGUGGCAGCACAGGAACAAAGUUAGGACACUUUUGAGCUCGAGAGAGGGAGUUGCUGCGGUUGCAAAGUCAUAUCUGUAGCGUACUUUGAAAAUGCUACAUGUAUGGUCGAGGUAAAAAUGGAGACCACGAAGAGGAACACCACUUGAAAGUUAAUGCAACAGUUUCAACAUGAAAAAUAGGUCAUAACCCUCCCAUGCUGAACAGCUGCACAGGACAAGCACAGACUGACGGUAGUAGAGGAUGGACCAGGCCUUUCCCAGCCUCCAGACCCCAGCCUCGGGUCCAUUUGAACCCGACCCAGGAGAGCUCCAGCUCAGAGUGGACUUCUUCAGAAAGUUGGGCUACUCCCCCAUGGAGGUACGGGCCGCCCUGCUGAAGCUAGGCCUGAGUACAGACACCAACUCUGUACUGGGGGAGCUGGUCAGCAGCGGAGCCAGCACUGGUACUUCUAACUCAACCAUCCCUGAGAGUGGUGAAGAUACUACUGGCCCCAUAAGCCACACAGGCUCCAGCAUGGCCUCCUCUAGGACCCAUGGCCCCCAGAGAGACAGACCAGUCUCAUUACUGGAAGACAGGAGGGACACAGACAGUGGACUGAAACCUAUCGUCAUUGACGGCAGCAAUGUGGCCAUGAGUCAUGGUAACAAGGAAGUGUUCUCCUGUAGAGGAAUUGAGUUGGCAGUGAUCUAUUUCCUGGAUAGAGGUCACUCAACCGUCAUUGUGUUUGUGCCCUCCUGGCGCAAGGAGCAGCCCAGGCCUGAUGUUCCCAUCACAGACCAACACAUUCUAGUGGAGCUGGAGAAGAAGAAGAUAGUUGUCUUCACUCCCUCGAGACGCGUCGGUGGUAAACGGGUGGUCUGCUACGAUGACCGUUUUAUCGUGAAGCUGGCCUACGAGUCGGACGGUGUGAUCGUGUCCAACGACACCUAUAGGGACCUCCAGGGAGAGCGUCCGGAGUGGAAGCGCUGUAUCGAGGAGAGGCUGCUCAUGUACUCUUUCGUCAAUGACAAAUUCAUGCCUCCAGAUGACCCGCUUGGUCGUCAUGGUCCUAGUCUGGAUAACUUCCUGAGGAAGAAGCCUCUGCUGCCAGAACACAAGCGCCAACUCUGUCCUUAUGGUAAAAAGUGCACCUAUGGCGUAAAGUGUAAGUUUUACCACCCAGAGCGUACUCACCAAUCCCACUGCUCGUUGGCUGACGAGCUCAGGGAGAAGGCCAGGCUCUCCUCUGUAAAAGAGGACCGGAAUCCCAUGAUGUCACACCUGAGGGACCCCCAGUCCGACCCUGGCCCCUUUCCCUCCUAUUCUCUGGAGAACGACCUGGAGCACAGGCUGACAUUGGAGCACCGCGGUUCCCUGAGGGAGGGUCCCAAGAGCCAAGUAACUGAGAACAUGUUGCUGUACUGGGAUGGGCCACGCUCCAGUAGGAACCAGCAGGCCCGCAGCCCCACAGCAGUAGGCCAAGGACAGAUGGACUGGCCCAGUAUGCCCAAUAUGCCCAGUAUGCUCCCCCCCUCCACUACUAGUGACCUCCCCUAUGCCAGCAUCUCCCAUGAGCGCCUGGACUCUGGUUUUGGCUCCUAUGAGAGCCAGAGCCAGUACUCGGAUGUGUCCCAAGGCCACAGCAAGGCCUUCAGGCCCAGGCAGCAGCAGCAACAGCAGGGCUUCCCCUCUGGUUCCAGACAUCCAGGCAUGCAUCCGGAGAGGCUGGCCCAGGACAGCCCCCGGUCCUGCAGGUGUUGUUUCAAUUUGGCUCCCUCCACAGGUCCCCAGCAGCAGCACCACAGCAACCCACUACAGACCCAUUCCCAAUCCCAGCCGAGGUAUGACACCUACUCGCCCCCUCUGUUCCCACCCAACAUGCACCACCAGCACCACUACAGCCUCCCCUGCAACUUCCAGCAAGGCGGGGUGGGGGAACAUCAUUUCCACCACCAUCAGCACCCCCAGAAGUACUGGUCAGACCCCUUCCAUGGCGGGGUCCCCCAGGCUAGGGCGUCCUGUAGCCUCCCCCCCGGCCCCCACCUCCAUCACCCCCCUACCCCGCACAAGGCCCCCCACUCAUGCUCCUCUUACGGGGAUCAGCAGGAACACCACUCCUGGGCCCAGCCACCUCCACCUUCUGCCUUUGACCCAGAGAGAGAGGAGCUCCGUAAGAAACUGCAGGCCAUCUUCAACCCCCACCAGGUGGAUUCGGUCAUGGGGAUGUUCCCUCACCUGAUGGACGCCCAGAAGCUGGCUGCAGAGAUCCUCAACCUCAAAUCUCAGGGAGGGGCCUUCUGAUGCCUCUAAGCAUCUUCUCUAAGGGGCUGAUUCAGGGUUGAGAUAAGCUUGCACAACUCAAACUUCCACGUAAAUCGUUCAUUGAUGUCAAUGGGAUACUUGUGUGAAAAGGAGCCUUGGGUAAUUCAUCUCGUGUGCUUUUCGUUUGUAAUUUACUGUAACAUUUUGAACUGUUUGAAAGUGAAAGAGCAACAUUUUUGUUGUUGUUGAGGUUGUCCUUCCUUAGCAGUCAUGUGCAUGUCAUAGCUUAUGUUAAAUCCAUGACGGGUAGUGUGUGCACAGUUUGGGAGAAGUGUGGAGAAUCGGGAUGAAUCCCCUGUCGUGUUGUUUAACUGGAUUAUUUUAGAUUUUGACUUAUUGAAAGUUGUAUACAUUAAUGACAGUGUAGCCAAAUCUUGAUCUGGGAUGAACUUGAAAGUUGCCUCUAGACUCAGUACCAUGGCAAAAGUGAAUCUAGAGUGUUUGACUGUUGAUGCAUAUUGUAUCAUUUGGGAUAUACUGUAUGUGAUCUCUCAUUUGUCUGAAAUUCAGCUCUCAUGCAAUAAGAAAUAAUUAUUGUCUAAAAUAAUGUCCUUAUCCAAAAGGGUGGCCAUAAUGUAUUUCCUGUCUCAUAUACAAAUAUGCAGUAUUCCAUCUCUUUAUGCAGUGUGGAAUGCAAUGGUAUACCUUUUUUAAUGUAAAUUAUAAAGCUACGCACAAAGAGCCCCAAAUACUAUACAGUAUCCUUCUAACCAAGAGUAUCAGUGGAAGAAGCUGCCAAAGAAACUUAAUUAAAGUUGGAAAAGCACUUUGUCAUUGAUCCAAAUAUUGUAAUUCCCCCAUAGAUCAGAAUGUGAUCUAAUAGGGUGACGUUCUCAGCAAGAUAAUGUAUAAUGUAACAUAGUGAUAAAACGAUUGUAUAUCUAUAAAUAUAUGUGUACUGUAAUAUGUACACUAUGGCCUGUGAGGGUCUCUUGUAUCACCAAAGACUGGGUAAAUCCAGUAGUAACUGUCCAGUGUUUCCCGAUUUCUAUGAAAUAUGACCUACAAUGAAUUACAGUAUGAGUGAAAUAGUUUUCCUUCCUAAAUGUUUUAAUUGAGUAUGUUAAAAAGCAGCUUUUCUGUGUUGGAAUGGUGUGGGUGUUCCCCAACAACAGAGUGGUGUGGGCAUAUACCGGUUAUUAAAAAUAUUCAUGCAAAUAGACUGCUGAUUGGCCAGCUCAAGCUCCUCAGGAGGAUUACAUCAUCCUCUAUUUGAGUUUAAGGUUGGGUUUUUUAAAGUGUUUUUUUUCCAAUUUAUGAUUUGGCCACAAAUACAAGAAUAUGAGUCAACAACAUUAUUUAGGUAUGAGUUAACAGAAUAUGAACUUUUAAAAGUGAGAUUUUCACUGGACAGUUACUUUAACAAUGUUUCUAUGGUAUUUGUCUGUCUUCGCUGUAUGCUGAUUUUGUAGAUUUUUAAGUGCCUAAACAUGUAAAAGUUAUAAUUCAAUUAUCAUGGACAUUUGGAGUAGAGUUCUAGGUCUUAACAAAUCUUUUAACUUUUUUUAAUUAAAACACAUUUUGGUAACUUUAUUUAACAGCACGUUAAGUACUAGCUAGGUAUUUAAAGUUAGAAUGUUAUUAUUAUGCAAUCAUAUAGUAUUACCAGCUUCAUAUCAGGUUAUUACAGUCUUAAUACAAUCAUAACUACAUGGUACCUGAAAUAAUUAGCAGGUAACACUAGGUAUUUUAUUUCUCAGCAAUUAUUGUGUAUUUUUAGAGUAGGCUACUUUGUUUCUUUGGACUAGAAAUAGCUUCUAUACCAAAUCGUAACAUUUGUUGCCAAGUAUUUACCAGUACCUAGUACUUACCCGACUGUAAUAAAGGGUUACUCACUCAUUCUUUAUUCAUUUAUAUAGCACAUAACCACUGCCUUUGAAUGUUGGGAAAUCAUGUUACACUAAAAUUAAAGGUUUGAAAUACA